AUGCAGGGUGCCCUCCUUUCUUUUGGCCUGCUGGCCUCCACAGCAUUCAGCUUCGCCGCCGCCGAAGGCCUGAAGAUCGACAAGACGCUCGAGGUCGAGUGCGAGCGCAAGACCGUCAAGGGCGAUCGCAUCAGCGUACACUACCGCGGCAGCCUGCAAGACGGCGGCAAGGAGUUCGAUGCCAGCUACAACCGCGGCCAGCCCUUCAACGUCAAGAUUGGCGCCGGUCAGGUCAUCAAGGGCUAUGUCCCCCACCAGGAUGUUGUCGAGAGUGCAACAAUAGACACGAGAAUAGCAAGAAGGCACAAAAUUUGCACAUUUUGCAACCGGGAGUCACAUCAGAGGGCAGCGGCCGCACCUCCCGUGCGGCCCGGUCAUUGGCGUGCCUGGCAGCAGCCAGUCAUCGGACGCGGUCAGCAACGCAACCUGGACGUGCAUUACAUGUGCGUCACUCGCGUCGCCGGAUAA